UGUUUCCAAACAAGAUGUAAGUUUGUUAUAUUCCUCAGAUGAAAUGUUAUCUCAUGACAUUCUAAAAAGAAACCUAUGAUUUCUCAUUUUACCACUAAAGUUGAAUGCAAAACUAGCAUCAAUGCUACAUUUGAGGGCAUUUGGAUUUAAUCCCUUUUCUAAUGAUACUUGUCCACCAUUAAUGUACUCAAAAUUUGACGUCAACAUUGGAAUUAUGCACCUUGUUAUUGAUCUUUCACGCUAAAAAGUGAAAUUGAAUUUUCCUUUAUUCUGAAACAUGUUACUAAUCAAUAAUUAUAAUUUACAUCCUACAUCUCUACACCUUAUUUGAUUGUUGAUAUGUUCACUAAAUUGUUGACAACACAAUGAUUCCAUUCACUAGGAACAAAACAAACUUAAUUAGUGUUCCCUAUCUUAUAUGGGAUGUGCAAAAGAUUAUCAUAUACAUAUGUUCCAUCACUUUUGUUAUUAUCAUACUCCUAUCUGUUUCACCAAAUGGAAGUCCCUCAGCAUGAUUUCUCAAUUCACGCAAUGUGCCAUGUAAAUAGAGUAACUCAUCGUGGGUGUCAUUUUAAUUUACUCCAAGUGACUGAUGAGGAAAACAGAGUUGAUGAACGGUUGGUGAGGGAUAGUUCCUUGGAGCAUAAGGGGUAAGUUAAAGUAGAGUGGAUAUAUGAGCAAUUGGUGAUGGAUGCUUUGAUGGGGUAGUGAAGUGAUAAGUUGGAGUCGAGGUUAUGCCUUUGCUCAAGUGAAGUGGUAUGAUGCGGCGAUUGAGGUGGGACCCUGGGAAUACGUAAAAGUCAAGAGAAUCAAAUUACAUGGCGGUUAGAAUAAAAAAAAUGGUAAAAAAAUGGGUCGGUCUUUGGGGCUAGCAUUAUUGAUCACUUUGGCCGAGAUAUGGCCAACCAGAUUGUUAAGUCAACUAGACUAAAGGUCCAAUUGGACACUCAUCUACGCAACAUUGAUGAAGCUUCGAGCUGAGUUAACAUACCGCAGAGCCAGUUUUAUGUUUGAUUUAGAAAUAACGUAAUUAACUACUCGACAGAAUGAUCUAACCGAUCGGACUAUACGUCCGAUCGAAUCAGUUGGACACUCAAUCUACCCGAGCUCUCUAGCUCAAUAAAGAGGUCGAGAAAAGCUGAGUCUCCGAUUACAACUCUUUGAGUCGACCGAGUGGUAUAGUUGAGUUAUAGCCGGCCGGGACAGUCGGGAGGCUCGAUCAAAUUAUUAGCUAAACACAUAGUGGGCCCCUCAACCCAAUUAACUAAAUAUAUUUUGUGUUACGGAUGACAGAGAAUAUUCUGUAUGCUAGGUAUACAUUUGAAGUUUCCUUUCUACCAUGCACAUAAAUUAUGGGUUAAUUUUGAGAAAAGUGUCAAAACAUCUUUAUAAUCUGUCAUCUUUUGAAAAUGUUUUGAGAUUCGUACAUAAACGGUGACACUAUAAAAAGGGAUCUUCAUUUACAGGAGCAGAUACACUCACGUGACGCUAAAUAGUUUUACAUAUUCAUUGCUACUGUUCUAUUCAUUUUUCCUCACAGCGAUCACGAACUUAAGCGCCGAAGGACUACACCAUAGACUUCUUCCCUGAUCCGGUACUAACGCUCUUUGUGACACACAGGAUAACAAGAAAUCUUCAUUUAGUCAAUAUUAAAGCUACCAUUUUCAACCAACCAUCUCCUCCACCUUCAGGCGGAAUCAUGAUACAUCCUCAAAAAUGGCUCGUGUCGAAGGCGAUGAGCUCGAGUGAGCCUAGUUGUCCAAUUCAAUCACAAGUAGCUUCUUGCUCUCAUCAUCUCACACCAUGUAACAAAAGGAAAAGUGCAAUAACCACUUUAUCUUCUUUUAUCUUUUACAUCAUUAAUUCUUCUCCUCCGAACAAACCCUAAACCCAAGCAAAGAAUCUAUUCCAUCUUCAAACAAGCAUGAUACAUAGAAAGCCGAAGAGUACUAAAUCCUCCUCCUCCUCCUCUUCUUCUUCAUUGUCCUUGGUCAACGAUGGCUGAGGCCGCUCCCUUCCUUCUCCGGCUCAACAAUGGUGUCUCCUCUAUGAUCUGUGUGCUGCUGCUGCUGCCGGCCUUUCUCCGUACAGCUGCUGCCUCAUCAUCCUGUCGCUCCUACUGCGGCAACAUGACGGUGGACUACCCCUUCGCGCUGCGGCCGGGGUGCGGCCACGGGGGCUUCCGGGAGCUCCUCUACUGCAUCAACGGCGUGCUGAUGCUGCACAUCGCCUCCGGCUCCUACCGGGUCCUCGACAUCGACUACGCCUACGCCGGCCUCACCCUCCACGACCCCGCCAUGUCCGACUGCUACUCCCUCGCGCGCUCCCCGGACGGCCUGGGAAACGGCUUCGAGGUGGAGGCGUGGCGGGCGGCCUACCUCCGCCCCGACCCCGACAACGUCUUCAUGCUCAUCGGCUGCCGGCCGGACUCGCCGCUCUUCCAGGGCUUCCCCGCGCCGUCACGCGGGGGCCGCCGCCACUUGCCCUGCCGCAACGUCUCCGGAAUGGGGUGCGAGGAAUACUACCGGUGCCCGGCGUGGGACGGCGAAGGGCAGCCGAGGGCAGGGGAGGCGGCCUACGGGUCGCCGGUGGGGCCGCCGCAGUGUUGCGCGCUGGAGUUCGGCGCCAUCAGGGCCAUCAACGUGAGCAAGCUGAGGUGUGAAGGCUACAGCAGCGCGUACAGCUUGGCGCCGGUGCGGGCCGCUGGGCCGGGGGCGUGGGCCUACGGCAUCCGGGUGGCCUACUCGCUGCCGGCGGAUCAGGAGGGCUUCUGCGGAGCAUGCCAGGCCACCGGCGGCGUGUGCGGGUAUGACCAGGAGACCAACGCCGAUCUCUGCCUUUGCGGCCGUUUCAACUCCACUUCCAACUGCGACUCCACCGCCGGCGGCGCCGGCGUCUCCGCUGCUGAAAUUUCAUCAGGAUUAAGCUUGAUGGGCUUCUCUUCAUCGACCAUCUUAAUCCGAGAUCAAUCAUACGCCUUUCUAUUUAUUUUACUAUGUAUUUCCGUUUAAUAUUUAUUUUUCACAUUAUUUAUAUUUUUAUGAAAUCAUGAAAUGUAUUAGUAUUUUCAUUUUC